AUGUCCACGGCGAAUCCGAUGCGAUAUCCCACUCUUCAAUUCUGCAAGAGAACAUUCGGCACACUAUUAUUGUUUCUCGCCGCGACUCCAACAUCUGGCGACAGCUCCUUCCUUGCCAAUGCUGUCCCCCAGAACUUGAACGACUUUUACCAAGGGCUGAAGGACAGGGUCGCGUCGUGCCAACAUAGCUUGGCCGGGGGCUUUUACAGCAUUGAUGAUGGCACAAACACCACCUCAUACUGCACCAAUGACCCCCAUCGACCCUCCAUCAUCUACCUCUCCGGCGGCAAUGGAACCCUUUCCAACAUGGAUGUCGACUGCGACGGCGUGCAAGGUGGUAGUCAAGACGACGGAAGGUGCUCGUUAGGAAGAAGUCCGGACUACCAAGACGCGACGGCUUUCCGAGACCUCAUCCAGUCCUUCAAAGUUGGCAUAUCCGACCUUAACACUUAUGUACACCCGUAUGUCGUCUUUGGAAAUAGCGGUAGCAAACCUGGUUGGCGGACGUUUGACCCAACAGACUACGGCGUGCGACCAUUGUCCGUCAUGGCUGUUGUGUGCCCAGGCAACAAGCUGGUGUAUGGCAUCUGGGGCGACACAAACGGAGAUGAUGGCGACAAGCCCAUGGUAGGCGAGGUAAGCAUAGCGCUUGCCACCGCCUGUUGGGGAAAGAAUUUGACAGGUGACAGCGGCUACGACGGAAUGGAUGUGCUGUAUGUGGCGUUUACGGGCGAAGAUGCAGUGCCUGGCAAGGAUGGGGCUGAUUGGGCUGCCAAAGAUUACGAUUCCUUCGAAAGGAGUAUCCAGCCACUUGGGGAGAAGCUGGUUCAAAGCAUGAGAGGCGUUGCGGUGGGGAGGAAGGCCAUAAGCUUGUGGGCCGUGGCCGGAGGUGCCCUCGCUGGUGGCUUGUGGCUUGCUUCGUGA